GAUGUGGCUCAGAAAGUAAUCUUCCACGUCACAAGGAAGUAGUGCGGAGCCGAAGAGACAGCCCGUCAGUGGGAGCUUCUGAGGAUUUUUACAGAUGUAAAUAUCAAAACUGGAUAACGAAGGCCGCUUCGGAGGAUAAUAGACGUGAAAUUAGGUAUUAUCCAGUCAGUGACAUUAAUUGGGAUUCUUCAAGACAAGUACAAGCCCAGCAGCAAAAUGACAGCUGCAGAGAAUGUUUGUUACACUCUGAUCAAUGUUCCAUCUGAUUCAGAGCCCCCGUCUGAAGUCAGCCUAAAAACUGAUCUAGAAAAGGGGGAGAUCAAGGCAAAGACUGAAGCCCUGAAGAAGGUCAUCAUCAUGAUACUGAAUGGUGAGAAGUUGCCAGGACUGCUGAUGACCAUAAUCCGCUUUGUGCUGCCACUUCAAGACCACACUAUCAAAAAACUGCUGCUGGUUUUCUGGGAGAUUGUCCCCAAGACAACUCCAGAUGGCAAGCUGCUUCAGGAGAUGAUCCUGGUCUGUGAUGCCUACAGAAAGGACCUGCAACAUCCCAACGAGUUCAUCCGUGGCUCCACUCUGCGUUUCCUGUGCAAGCUGAAGGAGUCGGAGUUGCUCGAGCCCCUCAUGCCAGCAAUCAGAGCCUGCCUGGAGCACCGACACAGUUAUGUGCGCCGUAAUGCUGUCCUGGCCAUUUACACCAUCUAUAGGAACUUCGAACAUCUCAUCCCAGACGCUCCAGAGUUGAUCCAUGAUUUUCUUGUGAACGAGAAGGAUGCCAGCUGUAAGAGAAAUGCUUUCAUGAUGCUGAUUCAUGCAGAUCAGGAUCGAGCACUGGAUUACCUCAGCACAUGUAUUGACCAAGUUCAUACUUUUGGCGACAUUCUCCAGCUGGUCAUUGUGGAGCUGAUUUACAAAGUGUGCCAUGCGAACCCCUCUGAGCGUGCCCGGUUUAUCCGUUGCAUCUACAACCUGCUGCAGUCGUCCAGCCCGGCUGUUAAGUAUGAGGCAGCUGGCACUCUUGUAACCCUCUCCAGUGCACCCACAGCUGUUAAGGCCGCUGCCCAGUGCUACAUUGAUUUGAUUAUCAAGGAGAGCGACAACAAUGUGAAGCUGAUUGUUCUCGAUCGCCUGAUUGAACUGAAGGAGCAUCCCACUCACGAGCGUGUCCUCCAGGACCUUGUGAUGGACAUCCUGCGUGUUCUCAGCACUCCUGACCUGGAAGUGAGAAAGAAGACCUUGCAGCUAGCGCUGGACCUUGUCUCAUCUCGCAAUGUAGAAGAGUUGGUGAUCGUUUUGAAGAAAGAGGUGAUCAAGACAAACAACGUAACAGAACAUGAAGACACUGAUAAGUACAGGCAGCUGUUGGUGCGCACUCUUCACUCUUGCAGCGUGCGCUUCCCUGACAUGGCGGCCAAUGUAAUUCCUGUGCUGAUGGAAUUCCUGAGUGACACUAAUGAGGCAGCUGCUGCCGAUGUGCUGGAGUUUGUGCGGGAAGCCAUUCAGAGAUUUGACAACUUGAGACCCCUAAUCAUCGAGAAGAUGCUGGAAGUCUUUCACGCCAUCAAAACUGUCAAAAUCUACAGAGGAGCGCUUUGGAUCUUGGGAGAAUACUGCAGCACCAAGGAAGAUAUCCAGAGUGUGAUGACAGAAGUCCGCAGGUCAUUGGGAGAGAUCCCGAUUGUAGAGAAUGAGAUAAAGAAAGAGACAGGAGAGGUGAAGCCAGAGGAUGAAGUGAGUGCAGCUCCAGCCCAGAAGCUCGUGACAGAGAUGGGCACCUAUGUGACACAGAGUGCCCUCAGCUCCUCCAGGCCUUCGAAGAAAGAGGAGGAUAGGCCUCCACUCAGAGGAUUCCUGAUGGACGGAGACUUCUAUGUGGCAGCUUCCCUGGCCACCACACUGACCAAAGUGGCCUUGCGCUAUGUUGCUAUUGUUCAAGACAAAAAGAAACAGAAUUCAUUUGUUGCAGAGGCCAUGCUGAUCAUGGUCACUGUGCUGCACCUGGGCAAGUCCUCUCUGCCCAAGAAGCCAAUUACAGAUGAUGAUGUGGACCGCAUCUCGCUUUGCCUCAAGGUCCUGUCAGAGUGCUCACCACUUAUGAAUGACAUUUUCAACAAGGAGUGUCGCAAAUCCCUGUCCCAUAUGCUGACUGUCAGACUGGAGGAAGAGAAGCUGUCACAGAAGAAAGAGUCCGAGAAGCGUAAUGUAACAGUGCAGGCAGACGACCCCAUCUCCUUCAUGCAGCUGACAGCCAAAAAUGAGAUGACUUCUAAGGAGGACCAGUUCCAGCUCAGUCUGCUGGCUGCUAUGGGCAACACUCAGAGGAAGGAGGCUGCUGAUCCCCUGGCUUCAAAACUCAACAAGGUGACCCAGCUGACAGGAUUCUCAGACCCAGUGUAUGCUGAAGCCUAUGUUCAUGUCAACCAAUACGAUAUUGUGUUGGAUGUGCUGGUGGUCAACCAAACCAGUGAUACUCUCCAGAAUUGCACCCUUGAGCUCGCUACUUUAGGUGAUCUCAAGUUGGUUGAGAAGCCUUCACCUCUAACUCUGGCUCCUCAUGAUUUCGCUAACAUCAAGGCCAACGUCAAAGUGGCCUCUACUGAAAAUGGCAUUAUAUUUGGCAACAUCGUCUAUGAUGUGUCGGGAGCUGCAAGCGACAGGAACUGUGUUGUCCUCAGCGACAUCCACAUUGACAUCAUGGACUACAUCCAGCCAGCCUCCUGCACAGAUGCAGAAUUCAGACAGAUGUGGGCUGAGUUCGAAUGGGAAAACAAGGUGACGGUAAACACCAACAUCACUGAUCUGAACGAGUAUCUCCAGCAUAUCCUCAGGUCCACGAACAUGAAGUGCCUGACUCCUGAGAAGGCACUGUCUGGCUUCUGCGGUUUCAUGGCUGCCAACCUUUAUGCUCGUUCUAUCUUUGGAGAAGAUGCCCUGGCUAAUGUCAGCAUUGAGAAACCCAUCCACCUGGGGCCUGACGCACCUGUCAACGGACACAUACGCAUUAGAGCCAAAAGUCAGGGGAUGGCCUUGAGCCUGGGUGACAAGAUCAACCUCUCCCAAAAAAAGACAAAUAUCUGAAACAACUCUGAUCCAGAUGAUCCUUCUGACUUUGUAAAAGUCUUCUGCUGUUCUCUUGUAUCACCCAUAUUACACCCUUUUCAUCACAGCAAAUUAAGAACUCUAUACAGUCAUUUGCUUCUGUGCUGUUUUUUUUUUUUUUUUUUUUUUACAUCACCUCUGUCUGAUAACUACUUCUCAGUAAUGUUCUUUCUCUGUCCUGUUUAAUUUUCAAUAAACAUAUGUAUUAAAAGAAA